UAUGGCGCCGCCGGUCUUGUUGAGCAGAUCCUGUCCCACUGCCCCGAAGCGCGCUUCGCGCUCGACGACGGCAGUGACCUGGGUGCCGUUGAUCACGACCAGGGCUGUCUCACCUGUGGCUAUUACCGCAAGCGAGUCACCUUCCGCGUGUCGAGCAUUCACCAGACCCUGCAGUUAGGCAUUCGUGGGGUCAGCAGGUACAGGGCCAUCGGUGGCUUCCCCACUUCCAUCCACGAUCUCCUCCAUGAACAGCAAGCCGACUGCCCGUUUGGGCGAGCUGACCAUCGCAGUGAUUUUUGGCCGCCGGUGCGCCGGUGCUACUGUCCCGCGCGGAAGCGGUCUCACACAUCGACGCAAACUGAGCGCGCGGCCAAGAGGCGACGGCUGUAG